CCCGGCGCUCGGCGGCCCCGGCAGCGGGCGGAGGAGGCGGAGGAGGCGGACCAUGACAUCGUCGUCGCCGGGCCCGCGCGGCAAGAUGGCAGCGGCGGCAGCAGCAGCGGCGGCAACGGCGGCAGCCAGGAGGGGCUGAUCCCGGCCCCCCGGCCAUGCCCGGGCCCGCCAGGACGGGACACGGCUCGGGCCUCUAGGAAGGUAUGGCCUCACAAGUCUUGGUCUACCCACCAUAUGUUUAUCAAACCCAGUCAAGUGCCUUUUGCAGUUCAAAGAAACUCAGAGUAGAGCCAAGCAGUUGCGUGUACCACGAAAGAACCUAUCCACGGACUUGUGUGAAUGGUAGAAACUUUGCAAUCUCUCAACCUCCCACCAAGGACCCAACUUUUCUGACAAAGAUCCCGUCGAACAGACCUCGAGGACGCCAUUUUGUGUGGCCCAGUGCCAUCGCUUUAAAAACCACUGCAGGUGCUACAAAGGUUCUAGCUGUGCAGGCGCAGCCGGUCCUAGGGGAGGCCCUGCAGGCCGGGACACAGGAAAGCGGGUUCGAUUUACCGGACAGCCUCCAGCGAUGCGGAUUGAAGCGUAAGAGCGAAGAGCUGGAUCGUCAGAGUGGCGCCAUGCAGAUCGUCGACGAGCUGUCUAUACUGCCGGCAAUGUUGCCAACCAACGUGGGCACCCGGGUGGCGGUCGUGGCGACCACCGCGGCCUCCAAACCGAGCGGCACCGGCGGAGAAGGGGAUUACCAGUUGGUGCAGCACGAGGUUUUGUGUUCAGCAAAGAACACUUACGAAGUCCUCGACUUCCUCGGCCGAGGGACCUUUGGCCAGGUGGUCAAAUGCUGGAAGAGCGGGACAAACGAGAUCGUGGCCGUCAAGAUCUUGAAGAACCAUCCGUCGUACGCCCGCCAAGGGCAAAUCGAAGUGAGCAUUUUGGCCAGGCUGAGUACGGAGAACGCUGAUGAGUUUAACUUCGUACGGGCCUAUGAGUGCUUUCAACACCGAAAUCACACGUGCUUGGUUUUUGAGAUGUUGGAACAGAACCUGUAUGAUUUCCUGAAGCAAAACAAAUUCAGUCCGCUGCCAUUGAAAGUAAUACGGCCUAUCCUUCAGCAAGUGGCCACUGCACUGAAAAAACUGAAAAGUCUCGGCUUAAUCCAUGCUGACCUCAAACCAGAGAAUAUUAUGUUUGUGGAUCCUGUCCGGCAGCCCUACAGGGUUAAAGUGAUAGAUUUCGGGUCUGCCAGCCAUGUAUCAAAGACUGUUUGCUCAACGUAUUUACAGUCUCGGUACUACAGGGCUCCGGAGAUUAUAUUGGGAUUGCCAUUUUGUGAAGCCAUAGACAUGUGGUCGCUGGGAUGCGUGAUCGCAGAAUUAUUCCUCGGUUGGCCGCUGUACCCAGGAGCACUAGAGUACGACCAGAUUCGUUACAUUUCACAGACUCAAGGUUUACCUGGAGAACAGUUGCUAAAUGUGGGUACAAAAUCUGCAAGAUUCUUUUGUAGAGAAACAGAUACUCCACAUUCAGGUUGGAGAUUAAAGACACUGGAAGAACAUGAGGCAGAGACAGGAAUGAAGUCUAAAGAAGCCAGAAAGUACAUUUUCAGCAGUUUGGAUGAUAUAGUGCAUGUGAACAUGGUGAUGGAUUUGGAAGGAAGUGAUCUGUUGGCAGAGAAAGCUGAUAGAAGAGAAUUUGUUAGCCUUUUGAAGAAAAUGUUGAUGAUUGAUGCUGAAUUAAGGAUCACUCCAGCUGAGACAUUAAAUCAUGCUUUUGUUAACAUGAAGCACCUAUUAGAUUUCCCUCAUAGCAGCCAUGUAAAAUCUUGUUUUCAUAUCAUGGACAUUUGCAAAUCUCACUCAAAUUCAUAUGACAUAAAUAAUCGCAAUAAAACCUCACUCAUGAGACCAGUUGCCUCAGGCAGUGCUGCUAAUCUGACUGCUAAUUUCUCCAAAAUUGGUACAUUAAGAAGUCAGGCAUUGUCUGCAUCUGCCCAUUCGGUCAUGCACCACGGAAUACCCCUGCAGGCAGGAACUGCUCAGUUUGGCUGCAAUGAUGCUUUCCAACAGACUCUCAUCAUCUGCCCCCCAGCUAUUCAAGAGAUUAUCCAUUGCUGCAGUGUUCCUACACAUCCUGGGGGUGUUUAUAUUCCUUUUCUUGGAGAAUUUCCUGACCAAGAGCUGCUUUUUGGAAGGGGUAUUCCUGCGAACCAUGGCAAACCGACCAGUUACUCAGUUAGGGUGGACAAUGCAGUCCCCCUGGUGACCCAGGCCCCACCCAUUCAGCCUCUUCAGAUUCGGCCCGGAGUCCUCUCUCAGACGUGGUCUAACCGAACCCAGCAGAUCCUCAUUCCUGCUUGGCAGCAAGUUACAGCCCUGGCUCCUUCUACGACCACGCUAACUUCCGAGACUGUGGCUGGCCCACAGAGGCUUGGAGACUGGGGGAAAAUGAUUUCACACAGCAAUCAUUACAACUCGGUGUUGCCUCAGCCGCUCUUAACCAAUCAGAUAACGCUUUCGGCUCCUCAGCCCAUCAGUGUGGGGAUUGCGCAUGUUGUCUGGCCUCAGCCUGCCACUACCAAGAAACACAAAAUGUGCCAGAACAGAGGUAUUUUGGUAAAACUAAUGGAAUGGGAGCCAGGAAGAGAGGAAAUAAAUGCUUUCACUUGGAGUAAUUCACUGCAAAAUACCAAUAUCCCAAAUUCAGCAUUUAUUUCUCCAAAGAUAAUCAAUAUGAAAGCUGUUGAGAGAAUCAGUUGCCUAGAAACACAGGACAAUCAUAACUCAGAAGGAGGAGAGAGGAGUUGUAAAACACCAGUCAGGCAAAAUCCUGAUUCGUCUAUUUCAAACAAGCAACGGCAGACUAUUCUCAUUGCGGAUUCCCCAAGUCCUGCAGUGAGCGUGAUCACGAUUAGCAGUGAUACUGAUGAAGAAGAUACAGCACAAAGACAUUCGCUCGGAGAAUGUAAAGGCAGCCUAGACUGCGAGGCCUGCCAGAGCACCUUGAAUAUCAACCGCGCCUGCUCGCUGAGUAGCCCCGACAGCACUUUGAGCACCAGCUCCUCCGGGCAAACGAGCCCAUCACCCUGCAAGAGGCCCAACAGUAUGUCAGACGAUGAGCAAGAGAGCGGCUGUGAUACCGUGGAUGGGUCCCCAACGUCAGAUUCUUCGGGCCACGACAGUCCCUUUGCAGAGAGCAGUUUUGCAGAAGACAACCAUCCAAAUGGGGACUCCCUAGCCUCUGCCGACCAAGAAGCCAAGCCAGCUGUCUGCACCGUGGUGGUACCACCGAUGAGAAUAGAGAAUAGAUUAAAUACAGAUGAACAGAUGGCAAAUACGGAUCCUGCUUGCCAGCCGUUGAUAAAAGGUCGAUCUGCCCCUGGAAGAUUAAACCAGCCUUCAGCUGUGGGUAACCGUCAGCAAAAAUUGACAUCAGCAUUCCAGCAGCAACAUUUGAACUUCAGUCAGGUCCAGCACUUUGGAUCCGGACCUCAGGAGUGGAAUGGAAACUACGGCCAUCGAAGACAGCAAGCGUACAUCGCGGCUAGUGUUGCUGCCAACCACCCCUUCCCCCUCUCCCAUGGAAGCCCGAAUCACCCCACGGUGCACGCCCACUUGGCUGGAAGCGCACCCCUUGGAGGACAACCUGCUCUCCUUCCCUACCCGCCAUCUGCCCCCCUCAGCACGACCGCCCCCGUGGCCCACCUCCUGGCCUCCCCAUGUACCUCGAGACCUCUAUUACAGCAUCCGGCUUACAGCAUCUCUCAUCCCGGUGGCUUAGUUCACCAAGUCCCAGUGGGCAUCAAUCCCCGCCUGUUAGCUUCCCCCACCAUUCACCGGACUCCGUACAAACCCAUCUUCCCGCCCCAUCCCUACAUCACCGCAUCCCCCGCUUACACGGGAUUCCCAUUGAGCCCAACCAAACUCAGCCAGUAUCCAUAUAUGUGAGAACUCAAAUACGGUCUGUUGAGGAAGCUCAAUGAUACAAACCUUUGGUUUAAAAUACAAAAAAAAACAGACAAAACAAACAUGGUAUUUAAUAAAUAUUAGCCAUGGCACAACAAGAAGAAUAUUUUUUGAAUCAUGUAGACUUGGGUGCAAUUUAAACAACUUUGAGCUUUAAAAAAAACCAACUCACUUUUAAUGUGUUUUGCACAUUUGGUAUAACUUGUCUUUGGUCAUGUUAUCUUCUUAUAUAGUAACUCUAGACAGGUGACUUAUGGGAGCAGAAGUCCAAUUUUGCUCCAUCUAUUUUUUAUAAAAUUGCCUUCUAACUAGUGCAAGACACGUCUACAUUUGGGAAGCCAUUCAGUGUACAGAUCUAGAGCAACUGAUGCACAUAUGUCAGAAGUACGGUAUACAAGUAAAUGUUUGUAUUAUCUGUGUCUUGGUGUUUCAAUGUUGAGUCACUUAUCUACAGAAGUUGAGCUAUCGUUCUUUACAUUUGCAUGUGUCUUUUGCAUGGGCAAGACGUUGCCUAGACAUUGCUCUUUAAUGUCAUCGUCCUAAUAAUCUCAGCUGCAUUGUAAACCGUCCCCACACAUAGUGCCUUAAAUAUUUGAGGUUGUUAAUGUUAUUCCUUAUAUUAUAAAUGUUGAGGACUGCAGCACUUACGAUUCAGAUCUGCUGAUUUUUUCUUUUCUUUUUUGAUAGCGUAACGUUCACCUUGGGUUUUGUGUGGUCUGAUUUUUGGUAUGGGGUGGUUUUCCUUAGGAGGAGAGGGCAGCGCCUGGGCUACGGCUGAAUUCUGCUGUCUGAAUUUUCAGAAUGACCUAGCUUCAAAAAAGCAAGCAGUUAGUAGUACUUAAGGAAAGGUGAUUCCACACUGAGUAGCGGAAGACUAAAUCCUCACCACACAGCAUUUUAUCCUGUUAAAUGGAACUGCAAUCCUGCCUAAGUAGUUUAUUCCGAAAGUGCUUGCUGUCUAAUUGGAUUUAAUAAAACGUAUAGAGGGCGGUAGGCAUGACUCUGACUAGGUAAUGAGAGAAAAUGCAAAAUGCUCAUUGAUUCGUGACGUGGUUUCAUCUUCGCUUGGGCAAACCCAUGCAGUAUUUAAUAAAUAGUAGCAGAAUAUUUACUAUUGAAGCUUGAAAAGAUGUGAGUUCUUUGUGUGCAAUUUUUCAUUUAUGCAUGUGUUAAUGUUAAAUUUUAGCCUUUUUACAUUACGGUAUUUGUUUUUAGCCUAUUGGUGGUGUUUGCUUAUUUAAUACAUUCCGUCAGGGACAUAAAUGACAUGCUUUUUGCCUUUUUUUUUUUCUUCCCUAGGAAGUGCGUCUUGGUUUUUUGUUUUGUUUCGUUUUGUUUUGAUUUGUUCUGUUUAAAUGAAGUUGCUUUUGCAGCACCAAAGACUUAAUCAUCCAUUUCCUAUAAAAGGUAGCUACUUUUUGCAUAGACCUCAAGUAUAUUGUAGACUAGAGAUGGGAUUUAAGGAAAGGUAUUAAACUGAGGCUGUGUUUUAGCUUAUGGGCAAGUAAUAAAUUGUAUCAUUUAUCUUGAAUGUAUCAUAGAUAAGCUGCUAUAUAAUGAUUGCCACUUCAGAUAGCUGUGAACUUAGGUGAUUAACUAGUUUUCCUUAGCCUUCUAAUUUCUGUAUAAGUCUAAUUACAUGAAAUAGAAGUGAGGGGUUUUGAUUUUUACUUUGCUUUCAUGUUUGGAGUGUCAUUGUAACUACUGUAUUGUAAAUGAUGGAAGAUAAUUGCAUAUGUUAUUUUGGGGGUGUGUUAUUUGCAUCAGUAUUUUAUCUCCAUUAACUUUUGAGCUCAUCACUGCAUAAGUGGAUGUAUCAAUGUAACUUAAUUUUUUAUGUUUUCAUAUUGACAUUGUAUAGACACUUGAGAAGCUGUAUCUUGCAGGCUUGACUUAACUUUCUAUUUUAAAAAGCAAAAUCUGGAAUAUAUAGCAUUUACUGGAAAAACAGUGCAAAACAUUUGAGUUUCAACUUCCCAAAUGUUUUGAGUUACAGGAUUUCUUUUUCUAAUGAAUGGAUUUCAUACCACUAGUUCAGCUCUACCAGGAUUGUCAAUAAGCUAGUAACAAAUACAUUUUCUUUGCUCCAUUAACAGAAGCAGUGUUUUAUUUAAUGACCAAAUGGAAUAAAUGUGCCUGAAUUUGAUUGUUUAAAAGACAAACCCAAAAGAGCAGUAUUAGGUCAAAAAGCCAAUACCAGCAGUACAUUUUUUUUUAGUCACACUGAAAAUGAAGGAAUCCAUUUUUCCCCCCAAAGUUCCAAGGUUUUUGGUAAACAGCUCUAUGCAUUUUGUACAAUUAUUACUACAUCAGAAAAGGAAGAAUAGCCUGAGGUGAAUUUGAAAUCUAUUUACCAAUUUGUAGAAUCAUCCGUUUAUGGGAGUCAAGAAAACACUUAAGUAAAAUGAUUUUGCCUCAUCACAGUCUUCAUAGUUGUUUAUUUAUGUCAUCCAGUGGAAUCCUGGUUUCUGCCAGUUCCUUGGUCCUGGGAAUCAGAUUUGUUUUUUCCACUCAAAAUCCAUUGCCAGCAGUGGAUAUGCUGGGGAUACCAAGAGUAAAGGAUUGAUUGAUGUCAUAGUUUUCACUUUGCUUGGGGCCAUGUGACUUUCAUUGCCCUGAUGUGUUUUCUUCGAUUUGAUCUUAAGUUACAUGGCUGUGAUAGCUGUGAUAGUCUUUUUAAGUGGACAAGAGCCCCGACAUUUGAUUCCUAAGAAAAUCGGCUGCUCUUUAUAGGUUGUGAUCUUGGAUUUUGUUUUUGCAUUUUGAGGAAGCGUAUAUUGAAAUCCUAUCAUCAGUCAAAUUCACCAAAUGAAUGAAAAAUCUCUGGAAUGAAAAAUGACCCUUUUUCGAACAAUUUAUGAAUUUCCUGUUGGUUCUAAUGAUUUUUUUAAAUAAAACACUGCAUGACUACAGAUUUGCAUACCUAUUUUUAAUUUGCAAAUUAUUUUUUAUAAAAAUUAUUAAUAUUCAGUUUUUAAUCUUUCAUUCAGGGUGUUUUAUUAAUCAAUUAUGCUACUGUAUUAACAAAACCUUUUAUUUUAAUGUUUAAACCUCUGUAUUUACCGCUAAUUUUAACUUGAUUGGUUUUAAAGUAAAAGUUAAAUCACACUGCAAGGUGUAGGAAGAUUUGUUUUAGAUCCCAAUGAUAUAAACUUGAUUACUAAGUUUGAACUGUUACUGUUUAACAAUUUGUAGACUUGUGGCUUUUUAUUUUUGCUUUUGUUUCUAUGCUACACUAGUUUGCCAUGUAGCAAUUGCACUGUGCAAUAUUACAAUAAGGACUGGGAAAAAUUUUAUGGAUGUAAUGUCUCUUAAAGUUUGCUAUAGUAUUUCUCUCUAGUUCUCAGUGAUUUAAAUGUGACCAAGCCUUCUGUACUUUGUCACAAAAAGCGGGUUUUCCAGGUGACUAUUUUGGUGAGUGUCAAAAUAAGAAUUUAUGGUGUAUUACUGUCGAGAUUCACUUUGAAUUAAAAUAUAUAUUGCAGCAAACAA